AUGUCGUCUGAAGACGUGUUCGAGCAUUACAAGGCCGCUGCUGCUUCCUCAAGCAAGAAGAAAAACAACAAGAGGGUUCGGGGGGAGAGCUGCAAAACUGCUUCAAAGAAGGCCCAGACUGAGGGUCCUUCAGCAGCUGUUCCUUCGAAGGAAAACAUGCCACCUCCCUCUCCACUUGACCAGCCACCCUCAACUCCACCGGUCGAUCAGCACCCCACGCCUCCAGCGCCUUCUGACCAGCCACAUCGAUUGCUAACCAUAAUUGCUGGAUGGCGCCGUGCGGGUGCAAUGGUCUUCCAGACCAAAAACUUUUACACCAGGCUCACUGAGGCAAUGAAGGCACUCGAGGGAAAGAAUGCUGACCUACUCGAGAAGAACACUGAACUGACCAAGCAGAACGAUGAACUGCUUGAGAAAAACAUAGAGCUGAAUAAGCAGAACGAUGAACUGCUCGAGCAGAAAGCCACGCUGACCGAGGAGUUGUUGGAAAGCCGGGCCGCCCUGAACAAAUCCAAUGAAGAUAAAGAAAAAUUCAGGGAGAGUGCCAAACUCAAUUACCAACAAUCCAAACAGCUUGAGCUCGAUCUGACUGCGAGCAGGAAGGAGACAGAGGAGCUGGAAAGGCGCGUGAAGGAGCUCGAAGAAACUGAUGCCAAAAACUUGGAGAACUAUCUGUCCAAGCGCUUGAGACAGACUCUAAUGUCCCAAUGCACCAUUCGCCUGGAGGAAGAAGAAAGGGUUAAAAUUCCUGCUUCUCCAGAGAUUUCCCUGGCAACGGGGAUUGACAGCGCAGACAAUGAAGCUGGCACUGUUGUCGACCAGAACACUCCUCAAAAUCCUCCAGCCUUGUAA